GAAAAGAAAAUAAAUUUUGAAAUGGAUAUGUUUUAUGAAUAAGCUACUGUAUUAGAAAAUAGUUGAAAUUAUGCCAGGAAAUAAUUUUAACUGAAUUAAAUAAUUUACUGUUGACUUCUGUUGCAAUUUUUUGUAUGAUAUGAAAUAUUUCAUUUUUUUUUAUUUAAAACUAAAAAAACUAUUCGAGUUUUUGAUUAUCUUUAAAUUUUAAUAUUUAAUGAUUUUACUAUUGUACUUGAAAUAUUCUGUGAUUUAAAAUAUAAAUGUGUAUAUAUUUAUUCAUGUAUUGUAGCUGAUAAUUUAUAUUCAAAUCAGUAUGGAAUUGGAAUCAUUUACUGGUGAAAAUCAUAGAAGAAACUUGGAUGCAGAUCAUCAUUCAUUCAGGAAGUUUUAUAAUUUAUUACCGAGUAAAAGGAAAGCUAUAUUGACCAUCACUCAAGUUACAGUUCUUGUUUUUCUUUAUGCAUCAUUGUAUGGCAUCUUGGGUAGUGAUGCGUUACCAGGAAGUGAAAUAUUUGCUUUGUUGCUACUCUCAGUUUCAGCUCAUAUUGUUGGAAAACUUGUCAGUCUAAUUAAGCUACCUCCCCUCAUAGGUAUGCUGAUUGUGGGAUUUCUUUUCAGAAAUCUUCCAUUUAUCCCUUAUUAUCAGAACAUCUCAAUUCUCUGGGCCACAACAUUAAGAGCCGCAGCAUUUGUUGUUAUUCUGUUGAAAGCUGGACUGGGACUUGAUGCUAAAAAAUUAAAGUCAUUGAAAUUAAUUGUUUUUCAACUGGCAUUUUCUCCAUGUAUUGUAGAAACAAUAGUCAUAGGAAUUUCAUCACACUUUCUGUUGAAUCUGCCUUGGGCAUGGGCUAUAAUGCUUGGAUUUGUGAUUUCUGCUGUUUCACCUGCUGUAGUAGUUCCAGGUCUUCUAAGUUUACAAGAGAGAUCCUUUGGUGUUAGAAAAGGAAUUCCAACUCUUGUAAUAGCCGCUGCUUCUGUGGAUGAUAUUUUAGCAAUUACUGGCUUCACGAUCAUGUUGAGUAUUUCAUUAUCAGCAGGUGAUAGUUUAUGGGUUACCUUGCUAAAAGGUCUUCUGGAACCUAUAGGUGGAUUAUUGUAUGGUGUCUUAUUUGGUGCUUUGUUUUGGCUCAUACCUAGUUCCCAAAGUUCUUCAUCAACACAAACUUUUUAUCACGUUGUAUUGCUGUGCUUAGGAGGAUUUGCAGGCAUGUUUUUGAGCAAAAGAUUAGGAAUUGCUGGUAUUGGUCCUAUGGCUUGUUUGGUAAUGGCAUUUGUUGCUUCAUUAGGAUGGAAAAAAGAUCACCAACAUCUUGAGGAGAUUGAAAAAAUAAUUAGUGUUAUGUGGAUCAUAUUACAACCAUUUCUCUUCAGUCUGAUUGGGGCAGAGGUGUCUGUGCAAAAUUUGCAGUCAAAUCUAGGAAGUACUGUAUUGGCUCUUUUGAUCGGAUUUACAUUUCGAAUUAUCACAGCAGCUUUUGCAUCAUAUGGUGGCGGUUUCAACAUAAAAGAAAAACUUUUCAUUGCUAUUGCAUGGUUCCCAAAGGCAACAGUCCAAGCUGCUGUUGGACCACAAGCUUUAGAUUAUGUUCUGUCUAAUAAAAUGGGAAAGGAAAUGGAAGAUCAAGCUCAAAAGAUUUUAACUGGUGCUGUGCUUAGCAUUAUUAUGACUGCUCCAAUAGGAGCAGCACUUAUAACACUUUUGGGGCCAUUGUUGUUGACUAAAGAUAAACCAGAAGAAAGAGAUGUUUUAGAAAUGGCUGGAGAUACUGCCAAAAACGAAUGUGGAAUCUGAAUUAGCUUGAAAUGAUAUGCUGCUGUAGAUAAACUUUGGAUCAUGACAAUAUAUAUUCUUUACGAAAGAUAAUAUAUAUUAAUAAGUGAAUUUUUUCAUAAAAAAUUUGCUUCUCACUUAAAUUUUCAUAUUGUGAUGCUUUUAAAAUCUGAUUUUUAUU